AGAGGAAGGGAAGAGGAGAAGGAUCCGCACCAUCCUCCUCAUCCUCUCAUCACUAUGGAUGCGCGCCGAAGCAGAACCCCGUGGAUUUGUUUGUUUGCGCUCUCGUCGCUGUUGUGCGCGACUCCAGCACAAGACGCAUGCGACAGCGCUCUGGUGUCCAAUCUGCCGCCGUCGGCCUUCAGAAGCUCCUCCCAGUUGUCUGCUAGUCACGCUCCAGUCUUUGCCAAGCUUAACAGGAGAGAUGGAGCGGGAGGUUGGUCUCCGCUGACCUCCGACUCAUCUCAAUGGUUGGAGGUUGACCUUGGAGAGCGGACCACCAUCACCGCGGUGUCCACUCAGGGACGCUACGGCAGCUCUGAUUGGCUGACAUCCUACCUGCUCAUGUUCAGCGACACCGGUCACAACUGGAAGCAGCAUCGGCUGGAGGACAGCAUGGGCUCUUUUUCAGGCAACAUCAACGCGGACAGUGUGGUUCAGCACAAGCUACAGCAGUCGGCCAUCGCUCGCUUCCUGCGUCUGCUUCCCGUGGGUCGGAACCCCGGUGGACGCAUCGGACUGCGGCUGGAGGUCUACGGCUGCCCUUACACUUCUGACGUGAUGUCGUUGGACGGCGAGGGUGGCAUCGUGGCGUACUCAUGGAGCGGCGUGUCGAGGAGCUCGUCCAGUGAAGAGGAGAAAGAGAACGAGGAGGAGGUCUCGCUGAAGUUCAAGAGCCUGAAGAAUUGUGGGACGCUGCUGCACGCUAAAGGAACCUGGGGACUUGGACUCAGUGUGGAGCUGAAAGCAGGAAAAUUCGUCAUGGCGACCACAGGAGAACAACAACAACAAGCAUGGACUUCCAGUCCCGGACGUCGGCAUGUGGCUUCGUUGGGCAGCCUCUUGGAUGACCAACAAUGGCACCUGGUGGCCGUAGAAUGUCACGCGGCUCGGUGCAACGUCACCGUGGACCAGCACAGGGAGACCGUGGACCUGCCGCCGCGUUUCCACCACUGGCACAUCCAGCAGCUGAGCGUGGGCGGAAUUCCCAACAUUCCCGACAGUAGGUUCCGAGGCUGCCUAGAGAACUUUGCGUACAACCAACAUAACCUGAUCGAGAUGGCCAGACGUGGCGACCGCCGAGUCACCGUGACGGGCAAUGUCACCUUCGCAUGUGCCCACCAGACGCUGGCUGUGGCGGCCACCUUCCCCGGGCCCCAAGGCUUCCUCCAGUUGCCAGGUGCGGGGGUGGCGGACUUGCUGCCCGCUGGGGGAGUGUCCGUGGGGCUUCAGUUCCGGACCUGGAACCGGGAGGGUCUCCUGCUCACCUUCCAGCUUCCUCGGCAGGGUGGCAUCAUCUGGGUGUACCUGAGCGACACCCGGCUCAGGCUGCGGGUGCAGAAGGCUGGCAAUGUGCUGUUGGAGCUCAAGGCAGGUUCUGGUCUGGAUGACGGUCAGUGGCAUUCGGUGGAUUUGAAGUCCAGACGAGGACACCUGAGCAUCAGUGUGGACAAAGAUGAAAUGGCUCAAUCCAGUCCUUCCUUCAUCAUUGCCGUCGAGAAGGACCUCUUCUUCGGUGGUUGUCCUGUGGAGGAUAAGAGGAGGGAGGACUGCAGGAACCCUUUUACCGCGUUUCAGGGUUGCCUCCGCCAACUGACUGUGGACCAGCAACAAGUAGACCUCAUCCUGGUGCACCAAAGGAUGCUGGGAAACUACAGUGACCUCAUGAUUGACACGUGUGGGAUAAUGGACAGGUGUUCUCCGAGUCGCUGCGAGCACGGUGGACGCUGCACUCAAACCUGGACGCACUUCCACUGCAACUGCAGCGACAGCGGCUACGGUGGCGCCACCUGCCACAGUUCGGUGUAUGAACAAUCCUGCGAGGCGUAUAAACACAAUGGCAACACAUCAGGAUAUUUCUACAUCGACGUGGAUGGCAGCGGUCCCAUCAAACCUCAACUAGUUUACUGCAAUAUGACAGAGGAGAACACAUGGAUGGAGAUCCGACACAACAACACCGAGCUGACCACAUUGAGUCCAUCUAGUGGUGAACAUCAGCACCUGGUGCAACUGGACUAUUCUGCUAGCGAGGAGCAGCUGUUGGCCGUUAUCGGCCAGUCAGACCACUGCCAACAGGAAAUGGCCUACCACUGCAGGAAGUCCCGCCUCCUCAACACUCCGGAGGGCUCCCCCUUGAGCUGGUGGAUUGGCGGUGCUGCUCCGGGUGGACGUCAGAAUUAUUGGGCAGGAGGUCAGCCGGGCAGCCAGCAGUGUGCAUGCGGCCUGCAGGGAGACUGCUUGGAUCCCAAACGUUACUGCAACUGUGAUGCUGACAGUGCAGAACGGGCUGAGGACACAGGUUUGCUGAUCCACAAGGAGAGCCUCCCUGUCCGCUCCCUGAUACUAGGCGACGUGAGGCGGACUGGCUCAGAGGCUGCCUACCGGGUGGGGCCGCUGCGUUGCCAUGGCGACAAGAAUUUCUGGAACGCAGCCUUCUUUGCCACAGAGACGUCCUACCUCCACUUCCCGACGUUCCACGGCGAACUGAGUGCCGACAUCUCCUUCCUGUUCAAGACCGGUGCUCCCUCAGGAGUCUUCUUGGAGAACCUGGGCAUCAGGGAUUUCAUACGCAUUGAGCUUAGCUCUCCCACCCGGGUUCUGUUCUCCUUCGACGUGGGUAACGGUCCUCUGGAGGUUUACGUGAACUCGAGCUCCCCGCUGAAUGACGAGCGCUGGCAUCGGGUUCGCGUGGAGCGCAACGUGAAAGAGGCGUGCCUGCGUUUGGACGCCAUGCCCACGGCCACCCGCCAGGCGCCCGCUGAUGGACACAUUCACCUGCAGCUCAACAGCCAGCUCUUCAUUGGGGGUACGGCAUCCCGCCAGAAGGGUUUCCGUGGUUGCAUCCGCUCCCUGCAGCUCAACGGUGCCACCCUGGACCUGGAGGAGAGGGCGCGCAUCACACCCGGCGUCCAACCUGGCUGCCCGGGUCACUGCGACAGCUACGGAGCGCUAUGCCAGAACCACGGUCGCUGCGUGGAGAGGAACAAUGGCUUCCACUGCGACUGCGACGAGUCGGCUUACGACGGAGUCUUCUGUCACACAGAUGUGUCGGCCGUCUUUAAGCCGACAACGUCCAUCCGCUACGCCUUCGAGAUGGAAGCCUCCGAGCGGGGCGGCGGGAAUGUCAGUGCGAAGCCACCGUCGCCUUCCUCCAUUUUGUCCGACGUGAGCCUGAGAGCAGAGAACGUGUCACUGAGCUUCCGAACCAGCCAGAGUCCUGCACUGCUGCUCUAUGUGUCAUCGUACCAACGAGAGUACCUGGCACUGCUCAUCAACAAGCAUGAUAAGCUGGAAGUCCGCUAUAAGCUCCACAGCAGCAAGGAAGCCGAAGUGUUGAGGAGCCAAGCCAAGGGUUUGGCUGACGGUCGUCUGCAUACGGUGGUCGUCAGCAGAGUGAUGGAUGCCGUGUCUCUGCAGGUUGACCAACGUACCAGCGAAGUCUUCAACUUGACGUCAGAUGGCGAAUUCAGCGGCAUCAGGUCACUUUUGCUUGGCAAAGUACAAGAGUCCGACGAUGUGGAUCCAGAUCUGGUGCGCUUGUCCACGCUGGGAUUCAGUGGCUGUCUGUCAGUGGUUCGCUUUAAUUCCAUCAGCCCCCUCAAGGAGGCGCUGCUCCGGCUGCACGGUGGAACCGUGGACGUCAGUGGGCCAUUGGUCCGCUCUAACUGCGGCUCGCCUGCGACGUCCAAUAGCUACGCCACGCACAACACGCCACGCCUGUCAGACCCGUCCGGUUCUGGCCAGCCUUUAGUCAAUGCCAUGCGGACAGACUCUGCACUCAUUGGAGGCGUGAUCGCGGUGAUCAUCUUCGUGACGCUGGCCGGCCUGGCCGUGGUCGCCAAAUUUGUGUACCGGCGGAAGGAAACGUACCAGAACCAGGAAGUGAAAGGCAGCCAGCAGGAGGAAAGCCAAGACUUACCCUUCGAAUGCCAGACAGACUCCCACAAUGCCUUGGGGCAGAGCCCAAAAGAGUACUUCAUCUGAGCGCGAGGGAAGGCAAUCGGACAUGCUUGGUCACACUUAUAAAUAGUUGUACACAUGUAAAUAUUCAACAAUGUCAAUGUGUCUUUGUACGAUAUUCUGGACAAUUUUGAAAUGAUCUUUCAGUUUUUCAAAUGGAGAAUGGUGAGGAAACAUCACAUGAGCCGGAUGAUUCCAGCAUGUCCACAAGUACAUGGGUAUCGCAGGGUGUAAGGUACAUGCCAAAGCAACCGCUAACAGGUAACUGUAAGGCCGAUUUAGCCAAUCAAACCUGAAGAAAGUCGCGUGGAAAAUGCACAAAAGGAUAAAGGAUCUGGAUAAAGGUGCGCAAGCAGAAAUGUUAUUGAUCAAUUAUUGCGAUAAAUAGCGGUGAUUCCUCUCAACACAUUUCAAUACAUUUAAAGAACAAAAUCUGCAUUUUGUUAUGGGCAUUUUGUUCCCCCAAUUUGGGAGACAAAGAUCAAAUGUCAAUCUGGAUAAAAGUGCACAUACAGAAAUGCAUUUUAUCAAUUAUUGCGAUGAAUAGCAGCGAUACUGCUCGACAAAUUCCAACGCUUUCAAAAAACAAAAUGCACGUUUCAGCCUGGGGGUGUGCGCUAUUAGUUUUCUCAAAUGUGAGCUUUUUCACAAAACUUCUUUUUGCUCAAGAUCAAAUGUCAGAUCAUGUCAUACGUGGAAAAGACAGAAUCUGAAUAAAGGUGCACGUACACAAAUGUACAAUAACAAUACAAUACAGUAUAAGCAUUUGUUUCUAAGUCAUGUGCUAUUAUUCUUCCUAAACGUGAGCUUUCUCCCUUAAACUUCUUUUGGAUUGAUAUCAAAUGUCAGAUCAUGUUGUACUGCAUGUGGAAAAGACAUAAUCACAGCAGUGGUGUAUGGAGGAAAAUGCGGUUUUCACAUAUCAACUGGUAGUGAAUUUGAAUAAAUUGACCUGAAUAGAACACGGAAUGUGCUCUUUACAAAACAAUACAAAAAUAGAGGGCAUCAAGCCACCUUUCAAACGCCCCCUUCAGUUUUUGUACAAUUUUCCAUUGGAUUUAGGACAGGAUCUCAAUGAAGGUACACAUACAGAAAUUGCACUCAAUAGAAGCGCUACCAACAGACACAGUCAAAAAUGUGCAUUUUAUUCUGGGCGUAUGUGCUAUUAUUUUUCUAACAAACGAGAGUUUUCUCAAACAUUUUCUUUUGACUGAAAUCAAAAUGAAAUGAGUGAAAAACAACAGUGAUGUCCUGGGCUCACCGAAAGAUCUAAUUCCGAUCAGAAUGCUCCGAUGCGGUCGUCACCUACACUGUCAUCUAGAGGGGUGGAAGAAUUCUUUGUAUUUUUGUAAGUCUCUGAAUUAGAGGAAUGUAUUUGUGGUGUUCAAACACAAAAGCCGACAAUCGCCAUUGAGACAAAAAUAGAGCCACGCCUACUAGCAGACUGCUUAUCAUGGCAUUGUUCGAUGUUGCAUUUCCUAACCCUGCAAAACCAAACAACUCCUACUGUAUGUAAAACCCGUUGAAAAUAAAGGUUUUAUUGCAGAAACCGAUAAGCUCCAUUUCACUGCACCCGAACCCAUCAUCUCAUUUCUCAUCCGUCACGAGCCUGUACGUACAGUAUUGACGUCAUCACGUUCAUCCUUAAACAUGUCUGCGGCCGUUAAUUCUCGUUAUCUCGCUGCGACUAUAGCUUUGAUUGUGCUUGAACGUGAGCGUAAAAUCUAACUUUCAACUUUAUUGCCUAAUUGUAUGAAAUGGUACGAGAGAGAUGAUGUCAUGAAACUUAUUAGUGAGCUAGUGAUCAGGUCCGCAGAGUCUACAAGGAAGCCUUCGCCAAUGUUGGUCGCAAUCAAGUGAGUCGACGGGAUCUUGAGGGUAGCAGCAAUGAAGAAGAUUGUUGUAAAAAUGUCUUUACAAAGUGUUUUGACAGACAGAAUAGUAUACAUGAAACACAAUACAUUACCAAUUGCUCAUACUGUAUAGCUUAUGAAACUAACGGGAAACAAAAACGAUGGCAUUGGCACGAUCAGCAAUCAAUGUGACUUGUCUUCCCCUUUGAAGGGUUAGGGUUAAAGGUUCAUUUAAGGUAGGGGUUAGUAGGGGUUAAGGGUUAGUUCAAGAAACUAAUUAUUGUACACUAACCUGUUUUUAAUUUUUAUUCAUAAAGCAUAAUACUUACCAUUUCAGUGUCAUUUUAUAGUCAUGUGAAAAUUUUGGACUUGUCUGUUCAUUCAUUCAUCUUCCGUUCCGCUUCUCCUCACUCGGGUCACGGGUGUGCUGGAGCCUAUCCCAGCUAUCUUCGGGCGAGAGGUGGGGUACACCCUCAACUGGUCGCCAGCCAAUCGCAGGGCACAUAGAAACCAACAACCACUCGCACUUACAUUCACACCUACGGGCAAUUUAGAGUGUUCAAUGAAUGCAUGUUUUGGGGAUGUGGGAGGAAACCGGAGUUCUGAGAGAAAACCCACGCAGGCACGGGGAGAACAUGCAAACUCCACACAGACAGGGCCGGGAUUUGAACCCCGGUCCUCAGAACUGUGAGGCGGACGUGUUAACCAGUCGCCCUCACCGUGCCGUCGACUUGUCUGUUUUUAAAGAAAAUUAUUUUCUUGGAGUUGUCGGGUUUUGCAAUGAAAUUACAUCAAAGACCUAUUUGAAAGACUUAGAAUACCUUAAAUAAAAAUGAUCUUUAACCUGGAUCCAGGAAUUAAAUUUUUUUUUUUUUUCUAAAUUCACAGAACAUGGAGAUGUCUGCUUUUGCAUUUGAUCUCUUCAUAUUCACGUUUCAUUGUUCAGUGGUUUCCGAUGCAAUCAAAAAAACAAGUGUGUUUCAUUCCAGGUGUGCGGGCUAUUAUUUUCCUCAAACUUUUAAACAUUUUUGAUGCAGAUCAAAUAAAAAUCAAAUGGAAUACUGUAACCAAAACAAAAACAAAAAAAAGCUCAAAAUCCUAACCUGAUUCCAACCUCCAUGAAUCACGAUGUACCCUGUAAGCUAACAAACAAAAAUAAGACACUGCACAAUUUUUUCUUCCACUCAUGUUGCCUUGUCGGAGGUCUACACUCGACUGAGUGACAUUCAAGCUAUGCGCUGAAAGACAUCCAAAUGUGGACUGAAGGAGGUUGAUGACUCACUUCGUUCUUGUUGGCCUACUGAAUUAUUAAUCCUGUCAAGGUUGCCAAUGUGAGACAGGAAAUCCAAAACACAUCUGUGAAACGUCUUUAUUUCCUCAACAGAGGGCUUUUUGCUUUUUUGUAGUUUUUAUUUGAUGUUUCUCCCGCCUGCUGCGAGCGUGUGGCACUUCGCUAAAAGUCCUCGGAGAGCUUUUGAAGCUUUGAAGCAUCUCCAAAGAAGGCUGGCAGCGGCGGCGCUUGUUUUCGAAGAGCUCCUUUUGACGGCGACGAGAGCGACGUCUCAGGCACUCAUGGAUGUAAUGAAGACACGUCGCGAUGGAGCGAAGCCAUCCUGAUAGACGGCGCGGCAGCUGUUUGUCAAACAGACGGCAAGCAUUUUAAUGAGGAAACUAUCAACAACUUCAAGGUGCAUCUCUGCAUUUCUUGUCUGUGUAGAACUUUUUUCCUUUUCUGCUGUUUUGAUUUUUCUGCAAAAAGGUAGAAAAUAAUCAUAAGUGCUGGCCUGGCAGAAGGUCGGUUCAGGAAAGGGAAAUAAAAUGAAAUGGACAAACAUAUUGGGACAAAGAUCUUGUCCACCAAGUCCUCAUUUUGUGUCACUUUUCUCAAUCUGUAGGUGUCCCCAUACUGUUGUCCAAACUCUUCAUUUUAUUUUAACUUGCUUGAGGUGUUCAAACUCCACAUAUUGUCUCCUUUUUCACUUCCCAUCGCUGUCCCAAUGCUUUUGUCCUCAUUUUCUUUGACUUCCUGCAGGUGUCCCAUUUAUCAAAAGUCCUGGAGGUGUCCCCAAACGUUUGUCACAAUUCCACAUUUUCUUCACUUUUUCACUUCUUGCAGGUGUCCCAAUGCUUCUGUCCAACUUCCUCUAAGUGUCCCGAUACGUUAGUCCAAACUGCACAUCUUCUCCACUUUAUCAUUUUUCAUAGAUGUCUGAAAUUGUAAAAAUAAUGUCCCAAAAUAUUUGAAGCGUAUUUUCUUUUUGUUUGUUGACACACUGUUUGAUGAUAUUAAAAGAUGUUUUAUAAAUAA